GGAACCAACAGCUCCUCCGCGGGCGCUGGUUAUAAAGUCCAAGCAGCCUGAAGGCCUCAGAUCUCCUGUAUCAUCAUUCCCAGAUGGGGCAAUGGCACCGCGAACGCUGCUCCUGCUGCUGGCCGCUGCCCUGAUACUGACGGAGACACGCGCGGCCACCGAAGGUCCCGGGAGGAGGUCGGGGUCUCACCGCGAGCCGCCCCCAGGCCCACACUCGAUGCGGUAUUUCACCACCGCAGUGUCCCGGCCCGGCCCACACUCGAUGCGGUAUUUCGAGACCGCCGUGUCCCGGCCCGGCCUCGGGGAGCCCUGGUUCAUCUCUGUCGGCUACGUGGACGACACGCAGUUCGUGCGCUUCGACGGCGACGCGGAGAAUCCGAGGAUGGAGCCGCGGGCGCCCUGGAUGGAGCAGGAGGGGCCGGAGUAUUGGGAGCGGGAGACACAGAUCGCCAAGGGCCAUGAGCAGGGUUUCCAAGGGAGCCUGAGGAACCUGCUCCACUACUACAACCAGAGCGCGGGCGGCUCUCACACAUUUCAGAGGAUGUACGGCUGUGACCUGGGGUCGGACGGGCGCCUCCUCCGCGGGUACUGGCAGUUCGCUUACGACGGCAGCGAUUACAUCGCCCUGAACCAAGACCUGAAAACGUGGACGGCGGCGGACUUGGCGGCGCAGAUCACUCGACGCAGGUGGGAGCAGGGUGGUGUUGCAGAGACGCUCAGGGCCUACCUGGAGGACCCGUGCCUGGAGUGGCUCCGCAGAUACCUGGAGCUCGGGAAGGAGACGCUGCUGCGCACAGAUCCCCCAAAGGUACAUGUGACCCAUCAUCCCAGAUCUGAAGAUGAUGUCACCCUGAGGUGCUGGGCCCUGGGUUUCUACCCUGCUGACAUCACCCUGACCUGGCAGUUGAAUGGGGAGGAGCUGACCCAGGACAUGGAGCUUGUGGAGACCAGGCCUGCAGGGGAUGGAACCUUCCAGAAGUGGGCAUCUGUGGUGGUGCCUCUUGGAAAGGAGCAGAAUUACACAUGCCAUGUGUACCAUGAGGGGCUGCCUGAGCCCCUCACCCUGAGAUGGGAGCCUCGUCCAUCCAGGGACUCCAACAUGGUAAUCAUAGCUGUUCUGGUUGUCCUUGGAGUUGUGAUCAUCAUUGGAGCUAUGGUGCCUUUUGUGUUGAAGAGCAGGAGAAAAAUAGCUUUUCUUCUCACAGGUGGAAAAGAAGAGAACUAUGCUCUGGCUGGAGGCAGCAACAGUGUCCAGGGCUCUGCCUUGUUUCUGGAGGCCUUCAGCCAUCCUUCCUGAUCCAGCAGGCACUAGGGGACAUCUGCAUCCUGUCAGCUCCAUGCUGCCCUGAGCUGCAGCUCCUCACAUCCACACUGAACAUAAGAAUCUGAAUGUGAACUCAAUUGAAUCUGAAUUUGAAAUAGAAGAAAGUGGCUGGUUUCUGUCCUUGAGAAAAUAAUCUGUCUGAAAUUAAAUCAGAGCUUUAGAUUAAGGGCCUUGGCAGAGGAGACUUCAGGAGAGUCUAGUCUUCCCUGUGUUGCUUAUUUAUUAAUGGCCACUCUUAUGCACCUGUCUAAUGAAAAUGAGCAGGGUACAUAAGGAAAAUGCACAAAGUACACUUUGAAGAGAAAAGGACCACUAAGUCUAGUGCUCAGAGGAAUAACGUUUAAAGAAAAUCUACUGCCAAGUGGAAGAAAGGGACAAGCCACACACAGCUAUGCUUCCAAACUGUAAAUGAAAAUUAAAGAAAAGCUUAAAUAGUGAAGAAAACCAUUAAAACCACAAAACUGGUGAGAAGAUAAAUGAAUGUAGGGGCCACGUUCUAACUCCAGCAAGCAGCAGAACUUAGCAGCUUUAUUCUGGCUUAUGGAAUCUCCCUACAUUUGUGUGUCCAGAGUGUCCCUACAUGGAGAGCCAGAGAGGCCAUUGAGCAAAGCUGGGAGAGUGAAUGCUGGAUUUCACUGGAGAUCCCAAGAUUGGGAGAUGCCAGUCUUCCUGUAUUCCCAAGGAGAGCUGCUAUUAUGUGUGAACCAGCCUGAAAGAGCUGAAAGAGCCAACACAGCUGACAGGAGCUGGAGAUCUGGAGAGAGUUUUGGCAGCAGACAUGGAGAUGAGUUUGCAGUUUGCCCAGCUGGGUUUUAGUCUGUGAUCCAGGGUUUCCUCUCUUUGCUCUUUCCCUUCCUUUUGAAACACAAAUGCACAUCCUUUGCCACUGUAUAUUUCAACUAUGUGACCUGUUUUUAUUUUCUUUAGAGGGUUGCAGUUAAGAGAUUGUGUUGAGCCUCAGAAGAGAGUAUAAACCUUGAAGUUUUAAAGUGUUGAGACUGACAGGCUAUGCAGACUUUUGAAGUUGGACUGAGGUUCUUUUACAUUCUGUUAUGGCUACACUCCUAUGGGGCCAGGUAGUGAAAUAUGGUAAUUUGAUGAAAAUGUCCCCCAUUGGCCUAAAGACUUGAAUGCUUGGUCAUUAGGGACUGUCACUAUCUAAUGGAUUAGGAGGUAUGUCACUCAGGGUGGUCUUGGAAGAUUCCAAAGCCCAAGACAGAAACUGCCUGAGGAACCAGAUGUGGAACUCCCAGCUACUGCUCCAUCCCCAUGUCUCCCUAGAUGCCAGCCUGCUUCGCUCCAUGAGGGCAAUGGACUAAACCCCUGAAACUGUAAUUAGGUCCCAGUUAAAUGAUUUCUGUGGUUGUUGAUGAUGUUGUUGUUGUUGUUGCCAUGCUCCUGAUGUCUCUUCAUAGCAAGAGAACAAUAAAUAAGACACAAGUUGAACUUUAGAAAGAAAUCGUUGUAAAGACCUUUCAAUGAAAACUGAGAAACUUGUGUCUUCUUUUGUUGUAUCAAAUUUUAAACUGUUUUUUUUUAAACCUUGCAAAAAGAUCACUAAAUGUCCAUCUGACUCACAGGAUGCUGGAGUAACAUUGUAGUUAGAGUGAGUAUUCACAGAUUUGCAGCUCUGCCCUUGAUUCCAUCCUCUCAGGUGGUCAGGACCUGCUCUCUCCCUUUUCCUGACAGAGAGAGACUGAUAGUAUGGUCAUGUUCUUGUAUUGGAUCAUGAACCUAU